AUAGCGGUUCAAGUGGAUGCAGACGUUACGUUCAGACGUAAGUGCAGCGAUCCUUACAAAGUAGGCGAGCAUUAGAUUCAGGAAUUGAGACGUCCGAUAUUUACGAGGAAAUCAGUAAAUCAUGAAAUUCAGAUUCUUGGGCGAUGGGGAUUGCCCCGAUUGGUUAUUGGCCGAGAUCAAUACGUUGUCGCGUAUGACAUCUAUUAAGAUCAAGAUACUAGGUCAAACGGUUGUGAAGUAUCUCACCGAGGGAGAUCUUGAUGAAGAAAAAGUCAGGAAAAUUACUCAAGACGCUAAGGUCGAAUUGAACGACGCAAAGGCCAUGGUAGCGGCUCUCGAAUUAAUUUUCACAUCGUCUGCACGAUAUGCCGUUUCGGCUGCUGAUUUAAGCAGCGAACUGCAACAGCUCGGGCUGCCACGCGAGCAUAGCGCGGCAAUUGCCAGACUACACACGGAUCAUUGUCCUCAAAUUACGGCUACGCUCUCCUCUCAGUCCUUGAGAGUUAGUAGAUUAUCGUCGAUCGAGGUUCUGUCCUGUGACAAUUCCUCGCCAUUCUCCACGGUCUCUCUGAAAUUGAAGAGAUUGGACGGAAACGUAGAAAAUUCUGUUAUCAACAUCUCAAAGAAGGACGUCCACGUUUUACUGACAGAGCUACGAAGAGCCAAGUCGUUGAUGGAGACUCUAUAAAUGCCAAUAAAUCACACAUACAAUACAAUGUAAUCUAUGUGAACUAUGUAACAUUUUCAAUAAUAACAUUGCAAAGUGAAAA